AUGCUGCACAGUCACCCGACAUCUAUUUUUUGUAUAAUAGCGACUGAGUUUUGCGAGAGAUUUUCUUUUUGUGGAUUGAGGACAAUUCUAUCUUUGUAUUUAAGAAAUGUUUUAUGUUUACACGAGAACGCCGCAACCGUUGUAUAUCAUAUAUUCAUUAUGAUGUGUUACACAAUGCCAUUAAUGGGAGCUAUUUUAGCUGAUAACUAUAUAGGCCGAUACAAAGUUAUCUUAUACUUUUCAAUUAUAUAUUUGAUUGGGACAAUCUUAACAUGUUUCUCGGCUAUUCCACCACUAAUGCUACCCCCAACUUCUACUUCAAUGAUAGGUUUGGCAUUAAUUGCAACAGGCACUGGCGGUAUAAAACCAUGUGUUGCUGCAUUUGGUGGAGACCAGUUUCGACUACCUGAAGAUAAUCAGCGCCUGCAGAAGUUCUUCUCGACGUUUUACUGCACGGUAAACCUGGGCGGCUUUAUGGGCAUGGUGGUGACGCCGGCGCUGCGACGCAGCGUCAUGUGCUUUGGUGACGACGCUUGCUACGCACUUGGUUUUGGAUUUCCAGCGAUACUCGUCCUCGUUUCUAUUGUGAUAUUUAUUGCGGGGAAGCCAUGGUAUAGAAUAAAAAAGCCUCGGAAUAAUGUUACCUUAAAAUUUGCGUCGUGCGCAUGGUACGCAGUAAGAAAACGUUUGAGUUACGAUCCCAGUGACGGACCUCCCUUAGAACACUGGCUGGAUUAUGCAGUUGAAGAGUAUGGCGAGAAGUUAGUGACCGACAUGAAGGUGGUGUUGUCCAUACUGUAUCUGUAUCUUCCAGUGCCGAUCUUCUGGUCGUUGUUUGACCAACAGGGAUCUCGCUGGACUUUUCAAGCGUCGCGAUUACGUAGUGAAGUAUUCGGUAUGACGCUUAUGCCGGAUCAGUUGCAAGUUAUGAACCCAGCAAUGGUCCUCGUCAUGAUUCCUGUGUGUCCAAGUGGAGCAUGGCCACUUCUGCCAGAAUUGCCCCCCCUACAAAAGAUGUUUAUCGGAGGAAUACUUGCUGCUAUGGCCUUCGUCGCUGCUGGGAUCUUGCAAAUUGGUAUUGAGCGGUCCACUCUCCAAGUACCAGGGCACCAGCAAACUGGGUUAGUGGUGAUGAAUACACUAGCAUGCCCAGUGGAGAUAGCGGUGCGUGGCGAGGGCAUUGCACCGGUGGAGUCGCACGGUACAGCGCUUACGUCUCCCUUGCCUCAUCGCAUCCUCGGACUCUCGGCCAGCUGUCCCGUCCAAUGUGCGGGACGUAUUAUGAACCAACAUGUUGUUAAAGCUAAUCUGAAUACUGUGUCUGAGAUGUUUAUGCCGGUAAUUGUAGGCCAAAAUUCAGAUGAUCAAAUAAGAUUGUACUUUAUGGAUCCAAACCCGUUCGGCAAGUCGCUAACGGGAAAACCGAAAUUAAAAGUGGUGUACGUGGGUGAUACCGGACCGAACAAGAACGUGUCGAUAACUGUGGAGACGGAGAAGAGACUAAGCGACAUAUAUUACGUGUCGGAUGCUCCUGUCGACCAUAUUGGAGAAUCUGCCUACAUGUGUCUGCAACCGGGGAAGUUUAGGUGGCGCGCUGAAAGUGCGAACGGAGAGUUGUCUGGCUCCGGAGAAGGUUUUGUGCGUGCCGGCGGUGUGUACGUUCUGUGCGUCCGUGAGAGGCUUGGGAGGCUAGACGCAGCGGUGCUACAUGCACCUAACCCCCCCAAUGAGCUACACCUUGCCUGGAUCGUUCCACAGUACCUUCUCGUUUCUAUUGCGGAAAUUAUGUUUGCCGUCUCUGGACUAGAGUUCUCUUUUACACAGGCUCCUAAGAGUAUGAAGACCAUCACUAUCGCUGCGUGGUACGUGUCAGUGGCGUUCGGAAACUUAAUUGUAAUUCUCAUCGCCCAGACUAAAAUCUUUGAAUCCAGAGCCACAGAGUUUUUCGCGUACGCUGCCGCUCUCGCGGUUGCCAUGAUAAUAUUCUGGCGCAUGGCACAAGGCUACAAUAGUAGGACCAUCGAAGGCGACGCGUCGUCGACUGAAAGCCGACCACUUCUCCGGCAUAAGUCGAGGGUUAUAUCGGUGCACUCGCUAUCGUCGGCCAGCGCGCGGGUGUACGGUGUUGUUGGCGGUAGUUCUUUGGCGGGGCAGUCUCAAGAGCGCGCAGCAAGUGCCUGGCCGCCGCGAGCCGCGGUUCGUCUCGCCACGCCCAGCACUGGAGACCAGCACGUCACAACUCUUGCUAAAGAUUAA